AUGGCCGUCUGUAUAGGGCUGCGCUUGCAGAAGAAGGGGCUUGUUGUACGUAACGCUGAACGUACAAAACGACAGGGAAUCUCUGACCGGCCGAAUACCUACCUCGGUAUCGUGCGCUGCACCUCCAGCAAGCGCAAAAUACCAUCCCGUCCUGCUCAAGCAUUCUUAACUCUCGGCAAUCGCACCUCGAACAAAACCGAGAACCAUUUUUAUCCUGGUGCUCUGUUUUCAUCCUUCAUGCCGUCAUCCUGGGCAGUUUGUACUACUGCCACCUUUGCUGCUGCCGUGGUAUUGUUGCUUUCCUUGAGACAUAAUAACGGCUCUGCACCUCUUCUACGAGACUCUUCAUUUCAUCCCAUCAUGACGAUCAAGCUAGAGAAUACAUCUAUCAUCGAGCUUCUACGCGGGCUUGACCAUAAUCGCUUUUCUGUCGUGGAUCUGGUUGAGGCCUACAUCAAUCGCAUUGAGCACCUGAACCCCAAAGUCAGGGCUGUAACUCAGAUUAAUCCAGACGCUCUCUCAAUCGCUCGCGGAAAAGAUGCAGAAAGAGAGAAGGGAAAGCCAUCGGGAAAACUUCAUGGGAUUCCUAUCCUGGUCAAAGACCUCUUUUUGACGACCGACCGUCUGAUGUCUACCAAUGGCUGUUCUGGCCUGACUUCGGCAAUUCCUAAAUAUGAAGCAACUGUCAUUCGACGCCUUCGGGACGAAGGGGCCGUUCUGCUAGGGAAAACGGUGCCGACUCAAUGGGCGAACUAUCGAAAUCCUGGAAAAGCUUCCGGAGGCUGGUCUGCGGUUGGUGGGCAGUGCUUGGCUGCCUAUCAUGAAGAUCAAGACCCGUCUGGCUCAUCCUCAGGGAGUGCUGUCGCUGUCUCUCUUGGUCUUGCAACAGCGGCUCUAGGAACGGAGACAUCUGGAAGUCUGAGCUCCCCUGCUCAAAGAUCCGCCGUGAUCAGCAUCAAGCCGACUGUAGGGUUGACCUCCAGGUACGGUGUGUACUCGGUUAGCGAAUGGCAGGACACAGUCGGUGUUCUCUCUCAAAAUGUACGUGAUGGAGCUCAGCUUCUGAGCGUUAUUGCGGGGUCGGAUCCCCAAGAUGCUUUCACCAUUUCUGAUCCUCGAGAUCCAACUGACUUUCAAAAACCACCCCCCAAUACCGACUACACUGAAGCCUGUGUGCCUGAUGGACUUGAAGGAAGGCGUAUUGCAAUUCCUCGUCACCUCUUCCCACCCGACAAAGUGGUAAACGCCGCCUUUGAUAAAGCACUUGAGAUAUUAAGAUCACUGGGUGCGACAAUAAUCGAUGAUGUGCACUUUUCGGAGUUUGAUAAGAACUUUACUUACUCUGAUGAAUUGGGCUGGACCCUUGGUAUUCGUGUUGCCAUUCGCGAAAAAGAAGAAUGCGAGAAGUGGGGCGUUGACGAAUGGCUGAAAUGCGAGGAGCUGGGUCAGCAAUAUGGGCCCCAAUCCGAGCAGUUCAAGAGGUCACUUGCUUGGCGACAGCACAUAGGGCAGCAAAUCCACGAGCUCCUCGAGCGCACUCAGUCCGAUCUGAUUUUUGUACCGUCUACUGUCGAUACAAGCGCGAAUGUUGGCGGAUGCCCUACUGUAGGUGUUCCGCUGGGGUUUUACCCAGCUGAUACACCUGUGAGCCGACGCAAGUCCAGCGGUUUGGUUACAGUUGGUCCUAACGUGCCUUUUGGGGCUCUGUUUGUUGGCCGGCGGUGGGACGACUACACCUUGAUUUCAGCUGCUUUUGCUUAUGAGCAGGCUUCCCACAUUCGGCAAAAGAUAAGGCCUGUGAUCCACUCGGAUAUUCAACUUCCGGACCGGGGACUAGCAGACAACGCCUUUCCGCAAAAUUUGCUUUUUAUCUUAAGCACCAUGUCAAUUCAAACAACUCUGAAUUAUCUCACUCCGCUUCAGCAAUGGGACGAGGUCAAGCCAUAUGAGCUUACUGGUCGUGUGGCUCCGGACCGGCGCCGAAACAAUUUCGACUUUACCUCACAUACCGCUAACGUCAGGAAUGUCCGCUCGAACGUUGGCGCUUUUACCUUGGACACUACAGGCUUCGAGUGGACGCAUCAUUCUACUGUAGAAGAUCUCAAAACCGAUGAAAGCGUCACGAGGCAUAUUCUAGAAGUGGAAGAGUUCAUUCGGGAACACCUUGAAGCAGAAUUUGUUAAAGCCUUCCAAUACCAGAUACGAAAAAGAACGCCCGAUUCCGUCGAUCCUCGGGUGCGUCCUCCGAGCAAUUUCGUACAUGUAGACCUUGUCGAGAGCGACUACAUCUAUCCAAACUUUGUGAGCGAAUCGCUUCUGGUGAAAUAUUCACCCUGUCAUCGAUGGCAUUACUUGUCCGAUCAAGGAGAGGAUGAGCUGCUUAUUAUCACGAACUUUGACUCUAAGUCGGGCAGAUGUGUUCCCCAUUCUGGAUUUGAGCUUCCGUACCUGUCUGAGAAGGUUCGCCCCAGAGAGAGUAUUGAGAUCAAAGUUGUUGUCUGGAAUAAGAUCUAG